GACGCCGCGCCGUCGCCGCAUGCACCGCGCGUCGACGCGUGUGCUUCCUCGCCGCGUCUUUCCCAGGCCGAGGACCGAACGCAUCGAGCGCCGCGGACGCGCGAGCGGAGCCGCGCGACGACCGGCGACGUCCGCGUCGCCCCGCGAGCCGCGGGUGCCGACGAAUCGUCGAGAUCGUUCGCCGCGCUCGUCGAUGGCGAUCGCGCGGCGCCGCGCGACUCGCGGCGAGCCCCGCGCCGCGAGCGCGUCCACGCCCGCUCCCGUGAACGACGACGCGUCCGACGACGCGUCCGACGCGACGGCGGCGAGACCUAAUAAACCCGUCCUCGCGCGCGUCCUCGCGUUCGCGGCGGACAACUACUUCGUCUUCGGUCUGCUGACGUCCAUCGCGUUGGCUUCCGUCGCGCCGCACAUCGGCUGCACCGGCGGCCCUCUGCGCCCUGAGCUCACGGUCAACGCCAUCGGCGUGCGCGCGAUGUUUCUCAUCGCGGGGAUGAACCUCCCGACGUCAGAACUCGCGCGCGCGGCGACGAACGCGCGCGCGAACCUGUUCGUCCAAUUCUUCAUCUUCGGCUUCGCCGGCGUCGUCGUCGCGCGCGUCCUCGCCCCGGCGCUGCUCGCCCUCGACCUUCUCACCCCCGCGCUCGUCGACGGACUCAUCGUCCUCGCGUGCCUCCCGACGACGAUCGGCAGCGGCGUCGCGCUGACGAGCGCCGCGGAGGGGUCGGUGUCCCUAGCGGUGUUCCACGCCGUGUUCGGAAAUCUGGCGGGGAUCGUCGCGACGCCGGCGCUGCUGUUCCUGUACCUGGGCGGGGGCGGCGGCGGCGGCGGCGGCGGCGGCGGCGCGGGGGUGAACCUCGCGGACGCGGUCGCGAAGCUGUGCUCCGUCGUUCUCGCGCCGGUCGUCGCCGGCGCGUGCGUCCGCGCGGUCCCGAGAGCCGCGGCGGCGCUGACCGGCGCCGGCGUCAAGAGGGCGCUGCGACGCGUCUCCGACGGCGUCAUCCUCGCCAUCGUCUACAACACGUUCUGCAACACGUUCAGGGACGGGUUCGGGGUGCCGCCGUCGCAGUUCGCGUCGCUGACCGCGGUGUUGUUCGCGCUCCUCGCGCUGUACAAGACGACCGUGUUCGUCGCCGGGAACGCGGCGGGGUUAUCGCGGAAAGACGUCGUCGCCGCGACGUUCAUGGCGUCGCAAAAGACGCUCGCGUUCGGACUGCCGCUCGUCAAGACGAUGUUCGGGACGUCGCCGAACCUCGCGUGGUUGUGCCUGCCCACGCUCGUGUAUCAUCCGAUGCAGCUGAUGGUCGGCAGCGCGCUGGUGCCGGUGUUGCGGCGGUGGGGGAACGAGGAGACGGAGGCGGCGGCGGCGGCUGAGACGACGACGGAGACGACGACCAAGUCGGCGGAGACCGCCGCGGAGGACGCGAGGAAAGAAGCGGAGAUGUACCGCCUGUGCGACGCGUUCGAGGGGAAGUUCGACGCGCCGGACAUCUCCGUGGCGCAACUCAAGAGCGAACUCCCGUUCAUGCGACGCGGCGGGAAGGGAAACCUUAAACCGUUCGUCAUCGUGGACGUGCGGACGGAGCAGGAGCGAGCGGUGUCGAUGAUCGCCGGGGCGGUGACGAAGAGCAAGUUCGAAGCGAACCAAAGGGCGUUGGACUCCCGAGAGGACGUUAAAGUCAUCGCGUACUGCACGAUCGGGUACCGCAGCGCGCAGUACGUCGAGAAGCUGCGGAAGGACGGGUACGACGCGUACAACUUGCGCGGGAGCAUCCUCGCGUGGACGCACGCGGGCGGGGCGUUGGAGACGAGAGGGGAGGAGACGAGACGAGUGCACACGUUCGGGAAAACCUGGGACCUCGCGUCGUCGGCGUACGACACGACGUACUUUAAGAAGCCGAUGCUGUCGUUCGUGACGUCGUACAUAUCCGAGAAAUUCAAGAAGCGGAAGUGAGGAGGAGGAGCACGAGUAGAAGACGUCGUCGUCGUCGUGGGAAAAAGUGGGUUUCGUAUUAAAAAGCCCCCCUCCGCGAAAUAAGAUAAUAGCUAAAGGCUUCCCCGCCGAUCCGCG